GGAAAGUAAAGGUCAAAUUUCUUUUCCUUUCCCAUCCCUUACUUUCCUGGAAAAUAUCUAUUUUCUUAAAAACUUUUGAACAAAUAAUAAUUAAUUCUUAGCAAGAAAAUUCUCUCCGAUAUCCGAGGGUUAAGCAAUGGCAGAUGAGACGGCAAUGACUAACGGUGUUAACGAUUAUCAAAUGGCGGAAGAGAAUUUCUACGAUCUCGAUCAAAGGGAGAAUGAAACCAAGCUAAAGCAAAAGAUCGAAUCUUUAGAGACCGAGAAGUACUCACUAGCCGAUGAGAACAAAGGAAUCAAAUAUCAGGUUGCAAAACUGGCGGCCGAGAUUGAAUCCCUGAAAUCAGAGGAGUCAAGUCUGAAACCGAGGAUUGCGGAGUUGGAGAGGGAAGUUGAGAAAUCGGAGGAGACCCAGAGAACGCUUGAGUCGAUAGCCGGGAGAGCUGCAGAGCUUGAAACAACUGCUUCUAGGCUUCAACAUGACUUGAUUUCGGCGGUAAGUGAAGGAGAUGAAGCGCAUAAGGAGGUUGCGGAGUUGAAGAGGGUGGUGAGCCAGAAGGAAGUGAAAAUUGAGGAGGUGAAGAAGGAGAAAGCGGAGACGGAGAUGAAAGCGAAGGAAUUGGAGAGGAAAGUUGGGGUUUUGGAGGUGAAGGAGAUCGGGGAGAAGAAUAAGAAAGUGAGGCUUGGGGAGGAGAUGAGAGAAAAAAUGAGUGAGAAAGAUAUGGAGAUUUUUGAGUGUAAAAAGAGAAUUGAGGAGUUGGAAAGUCAAGUGGUGGAGAAGGAGAGUUUGGAAAAGAAGUUGACGGAGACAGAGGAGAAGGUGAAGGAAAUGGAAGGGAAGCUGGUGGAGUUACAGAAGGAGGUCCAGGAGGCUGAAAAGGUGGUUGGGGGAUUGCAGGAGAGGACCGGGGAGGUUAUUAAUGAGAUUGAGAUUAAGAGUAGGGAGAAGGGGUUCAAGGUGCAGCCACCCGUGGUGGCAAUUGGGUCAGUAGGUGCUAUUCUUGCUGCAGCUGCAGCUGCAGUCAUUUAUGUUUGCUAUGCUAGGAGGCGGUGAUUUGGAGGUUAGGGUUUAUUGAUCCCAGAAAGAAACGUUUCGGUUUUGGUGGACGGAUACCCUUUUUCCUGGCAUUGUUUUUUUCUUAGCCUUAUUAUGGAUUAUGGUUUAUACCUAUUUCUGGCAUGUUUCGAGGUUCAAAUUUUGUUAAAAAUGCUGAGUUAUUUGAUAUAAUUAUAGAGGACUUACAUUAGGAUGGUCAAUUGAAGAUAUCAGACAUGAUUGACACUGCUCAUCAGUUUGCUUACCCUUCAAUCUUGAAGCUAAUCAAGGUCUUCUUCCGGCAUGAAACAUUCUCCCUCAUCUUUCACAUCUUACUUUUUGUGCUAUGAAAUGGCCAGUGUGAUUGGAAUUUGGAAGAUCAUGUAAUUUGAAGCCCUUUUUUGUGAUUACUCUUGCACGCUCUUGAA